AUGCAGCAUCUGCAGGAAUUUCAACAGUCGCCGCAGCAACAGCCUCAGCAGUUCCAACAGGAGCAACAGCAGCAACAGCAGCAACAGCAGCAGCAGCAGCAGCAGCAGUUUGAGUCAUCACAGCAGCCGAAGCAGCCCCUCGAUGAGCAGACGCAGCAAGUUCAGCAGCUCCAGCAGCAGCAGCAGCAGCAGCAGCAGCAGCUUGAGCCGCCACAGCGGCCUUCCCAGGCCUCAGAGCAGCAAAAGCAGCAGGAGGAGCUGCAGCAACCGCAGCAGCAUGAGGAGGGUGAGGAGAGGGAGCUGCCCAUACACCCGAAACCCCGUCAGGUAGAAGGAGAGGCGCCGCAGGGCCUGAGGCCGCCACCGUUGUUUGGUUGGCCGUCUGCAGCAGGGGGCCUCUACGCCCUCAGCAACCACCUGCUGCGAGUUGCUGCCAGCAACCCGCAGCAGCAGCAGCAAGAGUUUAUGUGCACCACCAGCAGCAGCAGCAGCAGCAGCAGUUUCUGUGGCGAAGAGACACACAAAGACGAAGACAGCAGCAAAAAGGAACUGCAGGAGCAGCAGGAAGCAGCAGCACGGCAGCAAGCUGAGCUGCAGGCGCUUAAGUCUGCGUUUGCUGCAGCACAGGUGCAGCACGAGCAGCAGCAGGAGUUGCUGCAGCGCAAGGUUCAAGCAGCAGAACAAGAAGCAGCAGCAGCAACUGCUGCUGCUGCUGCCUCAGAGGAGAGGGCGAGUCGGUUGCUGCUGCAGUUAGAGGAGCAGCGGCAGCACGCAGCAGCAGGAGUUGCUGCAGCGCAAGGUUCAAGCAGCAGAACAAGAAGCAGCAGCAGCAACUGCUGA